CUACCGUCUAACCCAUCUGCCGCUUCCAGAGUUCCCGCAAAUUUAAAUAGUUUUUAGGAAACAGUAAUAGUACCUCAGAUCAAUAUGCGAUCCAACAUUAAUUCAUCAAGUAAUUUGGGUCGUCGUAUAUCAAAUCUACCACCACCACCACCACUGAUUACUCCUCGAACUCGUCGUAAAAAUGUUAGAAGUCAAAUUAAUAGAUCUAUAGGAAAUGAAACGAUUGAUUUAACGUCUCCACCAUCUAGCCCAGCUUCUACAACUCAGCUGGAUACAGUCUUUCACCCUACUAAUACCGAGGAAUUUCAAUAUCAUGAAAAGAUGAUGCAUGACUCAUCAAAAUCUAGUGGAUAUCAGGGCACAGAAAUAGUAUCUCAGGGCAGCGUGCGAUUCAAUACUAAUUCAUCAAGUGAUUUGGGUCGUAUAUCAAAUCUACCACCACCACCACUGAUUACUCCUCGAACUCGUCGUAAAAAUGUUAGAAUUCAAAUUAAUAGAUCUAUAGGAAAUGAAACGAUUGAUUUAACGUCUCCACCAUCUAGCCCAGCUUCUACAACUCAGCUGGAUACAGUCAUUCACCCUACUAAUACCGAGGAAUUUCAAUAUCAUGAAAAUAUGAUGCAUGACUCAUCAAAAUCUAGUGGAUAUCAGGGCACAGAAAUAGUAUCUCAGGGCAGCGUGCGAUUCAAUACUAAUUCAUCAAGUGAUUUGGGUCGUAUAUCAAAUCUACCACCACCACCAAUGGCUAUGAUAUUCAAUCCAAUAAUCGAUAAUGUAAUGUCAUACUCCAAUCAAAUGUAUCAAAACUUCAUACAACAUGGCUCAAACAACACACGAGAAUCACAACUACAGUAUCAACAGCAACAGCUAACUGUUACUCAAACUCGUCGUACAAUUGUUAAUAACUCCUCAAUAAGUGAAACGAUUGAUUUAACGUCUCCACCAUCUAGCCCAGUUCCAACAACUCAACAGUAUACAGUUUUCUACCCUACUUUUACUGAGGAAUUUCAAAAUCAUGAAGAGAUUAUACAUGACUCAUCAAAAUCUAAUGAAUAUCAGGACACAGAAAUAGUAUCGCAGGGCAACAUGCAAUGCAAUACUACUUCAUUAAGUGAUUUGAGUCAUAUCUCAAAACUACCACCACCACCAAUGGCUAUAAUAUUCAAUCCAAUAAUCGAUAAUGUAAUGUCAUACUCCAAUCAAAUGUAUCAAAACUUCAUACAACAUGGCUCAAACAACACACGAGAAUCACAACUACAGUAUCAACAGCAACAGCUAACUGUUACUCAAACUCGUCGUACAAUUGUUAAUAACUCCUCAAUAAGUGAAAUGAUUGAUUUAACGUCUCCACCAUCUAGCCCAGAUCUUACAUCUCAACAAAAUACAGUUUUCUACCCUAAUUUCACCGAGGAAUUUCUAAGUCAUGUAGAGAUUAUGAUGCAUGAUUCAUUUAUAUCUACUGAAUAUCAGAUCUUUGUGACAGAAAUCAAUGGGGAAAAAAUCUACUGCAUAAACUCUAUGCCAUAUGAUAGUACGAUCUUAAUGAUAGGCUUGAAAUACCUGAUUUGUGAGCAUCUUCCUAUGGGCUCAGUCACAAAAUGUGUUGAUAUCUUACGAAAUUAUUUAAAAAUUCAGCUAACUAAAGCAGAUAAUGACCAAUUGAAUAUGUUGUUUGUGCAAAGAAUGGACGUUAUGAUGAACCCAGAAAAUGCCUUGAUGGUCAGGGCGCAAGAUCUCAAGCCAGUAUUUAAACAGCUAAAAUCAUUGAUGAGCCAACCUAGUUUUAGAAUUUCUAAUUUUUAA